AUGGUUUUGGAAGACGAGAGUAGCAACGACAAUUCAAGCCUCCCGUACAUGCACUCCGAAACCUCCACCGAUGGGCUCAACCAGGUGCCUUUCUCUCUUGAGGACCCGGAUUACAAGGGUCUUGAGCUAGAUCUGAUAGUGAUGUGCGAGAAGCAUGGGAAGCCAUCAGAGAGGCUUGUUGCAUUUGAUGGAACAAUGACUGGGAGAAGGUUCUUAGCAUGUGCAGAGCCGGAAGAAGAAAAGAACAAGCUGGAUGCAGACUAUGACAAGUUAGUGAAAGAUGUGCAUCAACUUGUGGACUUUCAGCAGGAUAGGGUUGUGGAUUUCAGUUAUCUGCAGUCCAACAUCACAUAUCAGCACCAAUGCAGAGCUGAAUUGGUGGCUGGUAUGAAGGCAGAAAUGGCAAAGAAAGAUGCAGUUACAGAGAAGCUUCAACAGAAGUAUGAACUCCUGUGCAACCUGACAAGUGCUCAAGCAACUGUCAUCCAGAACCUGAAGUUGAAGAAUAUGAAAGAGAAGGAAUUGCUUAGUGAGGCUAGGAUGAAUUUGGAGUUGAAGAAUGCAGAGUUCACAAAGUUUGAGGAGAAUCUCACCCAAGAGAAGCUAGAGUUGAAGUUUUAG